GCCCCAGCACAGCGCCUGCCCCUCGCCUGCUCCCGCUCUCGCCGCCCGGCGCCAGGAGAGGCGAUGGCCGGGGGCCGGGGCGUCCCGCUGGCGCUGCUGGCAGUGCUGACCCUGCAGGGCGCGGGGGCCGUGAGAGUGGGGAACGUGUUGAUCCAGGCUGAGUUCUACCAGCGGGACGAGAGGCUGCAGCAGGAGCGUGGCGAGUUCAUGUUUGAUUUUGAUGGCGACGAGAUUUUCCAUGUGGACCUGCAGAAGAAGGAGACCGUCUGGCGCCUGCCCGAGUUCGGGACCUUCGCCGGCUUCGAGGCACAGGGCGCUCUGCAGAACCUGGCUGUAGAUAAACAGAACUUGGAGAUCAUGAGGCAGAAUUCCAACAACUCACGGGCAACCAUCGCGAGUCCCGAGGUGACGGUGUUCUCUGAGGAACCCGUCGAGCUGGGGGACCCCAACAUCCUGAUCUGCUACGUGGAGAAGUUCUGGCCGGCCGUGCUCUCCAUCGUGUGGCUGAAGAACGGGGAGGAGGUGACGGACGGCGUCCUCGAGACCGUGUUCUACCGAGGGCAGGACCGCACCUUCCGCAAGUUCUCCUACCUGCCCUUCAUCCCCGCGCGGGGGGACUACUACGACUGUCGCGUGGGGCACGAGGGGCUGAGCACCCCCAUCCUGAGGCACUGGGAGCCCCAGGUGCCCCUCCCCGCCUCCGAGAGCACCGAGACCCUGGUGUGCGCCCUGGGCCUGGCCGUGGGCAUCGUCGGCAUCAUCGUGGGCACCAUCCUCAUCAUCAAGGCCAUGAAGAUGAACAGCGCUCGCAACCAGCGGGGAGUCUUGUGAGGGGGCAGAGCCCAGGGCUCUCUGUCUCUUCCCAGCCGGACCCUCUGCACCCUCCGCCAGCCCUCGCCUCAGCCUGGCAGGAGCUGCUCACCCCCUCAGUCCCCCAUAUCCCUGUCCCACCUAAUCAGCACCCCCUUUUCCCACGCUCACCCCACACUGACAUGCUGGAGACGGCUCCAGAGCCAGACCUGUCAGGGGCCCGUCCCCACAGGAGGCUGGACCACUUCCCGUGGCUGGGGCGAGCCAAGGUGGCACCUGGGGCCACUUCGGCUCACCCUUGGCCAGGGGCCAUCAUUGCAGAGUCGGGGGGCCUGCACUGGUCCCAGUAGCCAGCCCACACUGCCUCCACGCACGGGCUGCCCUGCCCACAGCCCCUGGCCCCACGGCCAUCUCCAGCUGGGGACGCGGCGCUUCCUCCCAGCCCAGGUGCGGGGUCUCUCCUGCAGACCCCUGAAGGGAGGGGAGGUGUGCCCUGCCCCACAGCAUCCCCUCGGCACGCAGUCCCGCACCCUCCGCUCCUGCUCUGCUGCUUUGGCACCGUAAUAAAGUGGGUUGGGAUUGA